AUGAAUUCAUUAUCGAAUAACGUGAUUGAUCUAUUUUUUCAAGCAGCAGAUGCCUUUCCACAAAAGGUAGCAGUCGAGCUCGACGAUCAACUUUGGACCUAUGGUGAAUUGCUGUCGAAUGUGACUUGUGUCGUCAGUCAUCUUAAAAUAGAAAUAGGCCAGAUUGUAUUCCAAUACGUGGGGCAGAGUUUCGAGAUGGUAUGCGGUAUUUUGGGCAUCAUGUGCGCUGGUGGUGUAUAUUGUCCACUGGAUCCUGGAGAACCGCUUAUGUGCACUCGCUCAUUAAUUGACGAAAUUCAAGCUCGACUUGUCCUGAUACAUGAAGACACAUAUAAAAGAUUUCUGGAAAUGAAUUAUCAACAAGCUGAAACUAUGAAUCUUGCAGAGAUUCUGUCUAUGAAUACUCGUGAAGAUAUCUUUGAGAAAGAGCUGAAUAUUGCAAGUGAAAAUUCAUGCUUUAUCAUUUGCACCUCUGGUACUACUGGCAAAGGAAAAGCUGUUUUGCAUACUCAUGGAAGCUUCUUUGCAAAUCUAUUAGUUCGAAAUAAUUGGGAAAAUAAAUAUGGUGACAAAGUUCUUCAACUAGCGGGAUCAUCACGGAUCACUCACUUGAUAGAAAUCUUCUUAGCAUUGACAUCAAAAUCAGCAGGUACACUUGUGCUUUUGCAACCCGGUAAUAACUUGAAUAUGGAUCGUCUUCAUACGACUUUGAAAGAAAAACAAAUCACCGUUAUCUGGACAGCCUCAUCGAUACUUAAAUUAAUGAUUGACAAUAUACAAUUGACUAAUAAAAAAGACAAUAAUACGCUUGAAACAGUUCGCCUUCUUUGUAUGGAAGAAGAGCCUCCUAAAGCGGAUUAUCUGAUCAAAUUAGAUUUAUUUAUGCCACGAGCACGUAUAUUCAUAGUAUAUGGAUUGAAUGAAUGCAUGGCUGCCACGGGUUGCUAUCUUGAACAAAAUAAUAAUGAAUUAACCGAUGUUAUGAAUACCUUGUCAAUUGGUAAUGCACAACCCGGCUAUGAAUGCUUGCUUGUAAAUUGUGAAAAUGAACAAAUUAUUUCCUCAUCAAACGUCGUCGUUGAGGGUGAAAUACACAUUGGAGGUCCUGGUCUUUUUCAGUGUUACUACAAUAAUCCUGAAUUGACCAGCAGAACACAAGUAAUAAUUGAUGACAAACGCUUUUUUAAAACGGGCGAUUUGGGUCAAUAUAACGCAAGAGGAGAGCUUGUACAUAUAGGUCGUAUCGACUCUCAGAUAGAAAUUAAUGGCCAAAAAGUGGACACUGUUGAAGUUGAAGCAACAAUUUUGAAUUGGUCACCAGACGAUAUUUCUGCGUGUCUGGUCGCCAAGUUUUCUGAAAAUGACAAGGACUCAGUUGUUGCCUAUAUAAUAUCUGAUAAUUCACAGCUUAAUACUAAAUCAUUACGAAAGCAUUGUACAGAGCGCCUCCCUCAAUAUAUGGUACCAUCUUAUUUUAUUAUUCUAAAAAGCUUUCCAUUAAGUGCAAAUGGAAAAAUAGACAGAAGUCAACUACCAUCACCCUUGAUAUUCAGUCAUACACUAUCUCAACAAAUUCGAAACGAUGAAGAGCUAACAGAUGCAUUGGAAGAGCAAAUAAAUGCUUUACAGUGUCCUUUAUCUGAUCAAAAUACUAGUUUGCGUCCUUCCAACUACUUUUCUUCAAGUGGUAUUGCCACUAAUGGUGUUUUAAUGAAUGGCAUUGGUAGUACCCGUCAUGCAGAAUCACUAAGUCAGCCGUCGUCUCUUGAAACAUUUGCUACUAAAACCACAGAAAUCAGCCAAUCGAGUGAUAAUAUGACAAAUGAUAUCUGUUUGUGGCAAGAUCCCGUGCUAUCGUCUCCAUCUUUUCAGUCUUCUACACCACAAUCGAUUGUUGCUCAUAAUUCUACUAUUCCCGCUCGAUGGGCAGCAUGCGUAUCAGAAUUUCAUUCACAGUCUGCUUUACUCUUCAAACAACAAUCAUUCACCUAUGCACAAUUAGAUGAUGCCUCAAAGCGAAUUGCAAAUUAUCUUCAAAAACACUCUGAAAUACCACUUGGACUUGGAAUUCGCAUUGGUAUAGUACUACAACGUCGUCCACUUUAUAUAGCAACAUUGUUAGCAUGCUUGAAAUGUGAGUGUAUUUUUAUACCUAUUGAUCCAUCCUUUCCUCCUGCACGUGUUGCCGACAUGCUUAUGUAUAUACGACCUCAUGUUCUGAUAGUGGAUGAUUAUAAUAUGAAACAUCGUAUUGAAAUUAGUUUAACUAAAGCUCUUGAUUCAGCAAGAGCCACAAAAAUGCACAGUACACAUGACAUUGGGAACGGUGAGAUGAAACCAGAACAAGAAGGUGAACAAGAUGCCGACGAAGCAACAACAACAGUCGAUGAUGAUAGACCACAAAUAAUUGUAAUGGAAGAUUGGCAAAAUAUUGAUGCUUUAUUCGAAUUAAUAGAUGAUACAACACAAAAUAAUCAUCAGAAUGAAGAAGUUGUGUUACAAACUACUAUAUCAGUAUCAGAAUCACGACGUUUGAAACUUAGAGAGCGUUCUCCUCCACCUUCGUACCCUUCUGAACUUCCUUCUACUUCCAUCACUAACAACAACAGUAUCAUUUCCUCUGCCCCUGGUUUUUCUUCUUCUUCUCUUGCUUACUUAUUAUGUACUUCGGGUACUACGGGUGGUAUUAAAGCUGUACGUCUUUCUCAUGGUCAUGUAACACGUUAUGCCUAUGCCUAUCAUUCGACACUUGGUCUACAUGCCGGCGAUAUCUUUGCGUUGUCAGCUUCAUUUUCUUUUAUUGGACAUAUGAAACAACUAUGGGCAUCAUUAUUGAAUGGUUUAACAGUAGCAUUGCUUGUAGAAGAAGAACAAGCAUCGACACUUGCUUUAGUUCGUGCUUUGCAACGUUAUAAAGUCACUGUGUUAGACUUAGUGCCACCUCGUCUCAAAGAAUUAGUGCAUGAUUGGCCCUUAUUACCAACGGAUUCUGUCAAUUCAUUGCGUAUGUUAAUUUUAAGUGGAGAUGCCUUGCCCACACAAUUAGUACGUCAAUUUAAACAAGCUUUAGCACGUCCUAUUCAGCUCUGGAAUUGUUAUGGUCAAACCGAAAGUUGUGGAACAACAAUAGCGUAUCAUGUGCAAAAUGAAGAUGCAAAUCUCCAAACAUCUUCUACAGCUUCUUUUUCUGCAGAUCAUCUACAAUCACCCGAUGCUGUUGAUUCCACAACUUCUUCCGGUAUUCUGCAACGAGCACUUGUCCCUGUUGGUUAUCCGCUACCUGGUACGACUUUAUAUCUUAUCGAUCCGAAUAAUACUACACCUACUAUCGUUCCGGAAGGUGAACCCGGUGAAUUAGCGAUUGCGGGUGCCCAAGUUUCAUUUGGUUAUUGGAAUUCCGAGACAAAUAAACAUUGUCAUGACGCUGAAACACGUGCCUACGUGGUGGAUCCAUUCGGUACACUCAUGUCCUACACAGGAAAAUUAUUACGUACUAACGACUUAUGUACACGUACACCAGAUGGUUGUGUCACUUUACUGGGACGAAAUGAUAAUAUUUUAAAAAUACGUGGUAUACGUGUGCAUCCCUCCGAUAUCGAAAAUGCACUCUUACAACAUCGUUAUGUAAGUGAAACAGUUGUAUCGAUGUUAUCGUUAGAUUUAGGACAAAAUACAGAUGAAGUUUUGGUGGCUCAUAUUACAUUACAACCUCAAAUAUCUUUUUCUGAACAUGAUACAUCCAAUAAUUAUUCUUUAGCGGAUAAACGUUUAGAAGAUGAUUUACGUAUGCAUUGUAAAAAUUUGUUACCAACAGCAUUAGUACCUUCGUUUUUUAUUAUCCAUCAUAAUUCCAAACUUCCCAGAACAACCACAGGAAAAUUGGAUCGCAAACUUAACUCUUAUAUGCUCGAAUCGGGUACUUUAGCUCAGUUUUCACAUAGAAAUACACCGUCAAACGCAAAUGCAUCUCAUUUUGGUCCAAACUCACCAUCAUCUAUAUCGUCGUCCUUACCUAUUACGUCUCUGUUAUCACGUGAUACACCGGAUACCGAUUCAUCGUCUAUGAUUAAACAAGACAGCCAAUCAUUCAAUGCAUAUUCUGGUACCAAUGACGUGCAAUCACCAUAUACGCAUACAACAUCCUCACAACUUGUUACUGAUUCAACUUUAUCACCACACCCACCUUCACUGGAAACACCAAUGUCUCAUACUGUGACUUCAGUUGCAGCUACCACAACUUCUUUGAUUGAUUCUUCACGCACACUUUUGCUUGUUUUUGGUCCAGUGGAUGCUCCUACGUUUACCUUACCACUUUGUAUUUUAACAUCUGCUGAUUCAGAUCAACUUCCUUUACGCAUUGAUCCUGUUCUUAUAAACCAACUCAAACUCAAUUUGCCCUCCUCCUCAUCAUCAUCAUCAAUACAAACAUCUUCUUCUCCGCCGAUUACACUCGAACGUGUUGCUGCUCUUGUUUCGGAUCGUUUUUUUAAACAUUUAAAUGUCUCGGAAGAUACACUUGCCUCGGUUUUUGACGAAUAUGAUACAGAACAAUUUCAGCUAUCAGCGAGUUCGGUGGAUUUUUUCAGUUGUGGAGGUCAUAGUUUAUUAGCGAGUGGUUUGAAUGUACGUAUCUAUGCGGAUAUCGGUGUAACAUUGACAGUUAAGGAUAUUUUUGAAUGUUCAACAUUAGAAAAGAUUGUAGCGAAAACAUGGGAAUAUGUCAAAGAAGACAAUGGCGAACUAGAAACCACUACUACUAUUCCUGUAACGAAUGCAGCGUCAACAACCACCACUAACAGCGCUACUAACAAAAUUUCUUUCGCAUCUUCAUCGUUGUCGUCUUUCCGUCCACCGUUGAUUUCGAUUUCUCGUUCGACAUCUUCCGCAUUUCCUCUUUCUAAUACGCAAUUACGUAUGUAUUUUGCAGAGCGUAUGCAAUCCAAUUCUUCUCCAGGUUUGCUCAAUACAAUACGUGUCUUUCGACUUUCAUCGACUUCGAUCACGGCGAUAUUGAGAAUUAAAGCUUUACGUUUAGCUGUCAAAUUACUGUUAGAACGACAUGAAAUUUUACGUGUAUCAUUUCAAACCGAUUCUUCGACAGGAUCGAUUGUUCAAGUUCCACUAGUCUGCCCAUUACCUGACGAUCUUAUCGAACACGUUGUACAGAGUGCUGAUUUCAGUGGUUAUGACUAUGAAAACGCCAUGAUGCAAACAGAGCAUGCAAUUAAUUUGAUGUUAGUGACAUCAUUCGACUUAUCGACUGCUCCGUUGAUACGAAUACGUGUAUGGAAAUUACCACCUAGAUCAUCGUCGACUGGCAGGAUGUCGUCCUAUAUUUUUGCAACUUGUAUUCAUCAUAUGAUUACUGAUGGUUGGUCUUCCACCUUAUUUUUUCAAGAACUUUCUACUUUGUAUCGUUCGGUCCUCUCAAAAAAUGAAGCAUCCGUCCUCUCAUCGGUUCCAUACCAAUUCGCCGAUUAUGUAUCUUGGCAAAAUUCUUUCUUGUCAUCUUCUCUGCUAGCUACAAAACAAUUAAAUUUUUGGACACAAGAACUAGCGGAUUUGUCCCCAUUAAAACUACCCACCGAUUUUCCACGACCAGAAAUUCCUACCUAUAAUGGAUCUGUUCAUCGAUUUGUGCUACCUGGUCCAUUAGUGGCUUCCCUACAUACUUUUGCAACACAGGAACGUAGUUCAUUAUUUUCACUCUUAAUGUCAACUUUUCAGCUCAUGCUAUCACGAUAUGCAUCUGAUCAAACUGAUAUAUGUUGUGGAACCAUCUUAGCGAAUCGACCGCUAAAAGGUACAGACCGUAUGUUCGGUUGUUUUAUUAAUACGGUACCCAUCCGCACACAAGUCAAUCCAUCGCUAACAUUUCCACAACUUUUAAGAGCGGUAUCCAAAAGUGUACUACAGGCGCUAGAUAAUAAAGAUGUUCCAUUUGAAAAAAUUGUAGAAGCCAUACAGAAAAAUGAACCUGAGACUCGAGAUCCGUCUCGUCAUCCAUUGUUUCAAGUGAUGCUAGUAUUACAAAAUCGUGCAUAUACCGAUUCAUCAAUGUUGAAUCUGACAGGCAUGAAUGAAGAAGAAAUUGAAACACCAGUGAAACAUGCAAAACUAGACUUAGGUGUCGUUGUGGAUUAUAUAUUACAACCGAUGCGAACUGAGAAAGAUCGAGAAGAAGAACAAGAAGAACAAGAAGAAGAACAAGAACAAGAACAACAAGAACAAGAAGAUGCGAAUACGUUCUCUGCAUCUUUCAACAAUAGGGAUUUAUUAUCGAAUAGGAGACCAUCUAUGCUAAAAGGACGACGUGGUACUAUUAUGCCUUUAUUGUCUUCUUCAUCGUCUUUCGCAACUAUAUUACGUCGCCGAUUUUCAGCGAAUCUUAUCCAUCCAAAAGACGAUCGUAAAGAAAUAUUAGCAUCUUCUAUUUUCUCAUCGGCUUCUUUGUCUAGAAAACCUUCUAUAAUCCCAGGAUCUUCUUGGUCUAGAAAAUCUUCCAUAAUUUCAGGAGAAAAAGGUCUUAUGGUAUCGAUGGAAUAUAAUUCCAAGCUAUGGCGUUCAACAACGAUUGUUCGUAUGGCAGAAUGUUGGCUCGUCUUAUUGCAAGAAAUUUUAACUGUAUCAUCGACUACCGAAAUUGGGGCACUUCGAAUGCUACCAUUUUCAGAAUAUCAAUCGGUAGUGUAUGAUUUUAAUCAUACACAAAAACCAUAUCCUGCAUUAUCGACAUGGACACAGUUGUUCGAACAGCAAGCUGCUACAUAUCCUCUAAAUGUUGCCGUAUGUCACGGUUCACAAACUGUAACAUAUCAACAAUUGGAUGCACUCUCCAAUCGAUUAGCACAUGCAUUACGUGCAUAUUAUACUGCUAAACGCGGUGUUGCUCUACCAAUAGAUUCUGUGGCAGGCGUGUGUAUUGUACCAUCUUUAUUGUCAGUUGUAUGUAUUGUUGCAGUAUUAAAAGCUGGCUGUGCGUAUUUAGCACUCGAUCCAUCGCAUCCAGCCUCACGUCGUCAGCAAAUGUUGGUUACAUCCGAUGCCAAACUUCUAUUAUGUAUUGGUGAACAAGGAAUCGAUAGUAUACCAGCAUUAACGAAUAGUAUUCUAACCAUAUCAUUCGAAUCGGCUGCCAUUUCUACUGUUGAAAAACAAUUUUUUUCAUAUUCUUCUUCUCCAUUACAUUUUCCAAAACAUUCUUGGCCUCAUCCGCGUUCCUUGGCAUAUGUGGUAUUUACAUCUGGUUCCACUGGUGAACCAAAAGGUGUCUGUGUUGAACAUCGUGCACUGUGUAAUGUUGUUUCCAAUUCAAUUUUGCAAAGUGUGAAUGCAUCGAUGCGUUUAUUAAAUAUCCUUGGGAUGACAUUUGAUGUGGCCAUCAUGGAAUGGGCUCUAACAUUAGCACAUGGUGGCACAUUUUGUAUUUUAGAAAAUGCGAAUGGUAAUACACGUGCUUUAUUGGGAAAAGCGUUUGCUGAAGCCGUACAGCAAUUUCAAAUCACCCAUCUUUAUUGCACACCGGCUACUCUAACUACUGUACCACAAGAUGCAGAAACACUACAAAUGCUACGAUCACUGAUUGUAUGCUCUGUGGGUGGCGAAGCAUGUCCCGAAUGGCUUGUGAGAAAAUGGGAAAACCAUAUCCCACAACUGACAAAUGGAUAUGGACCAACAGAAACUGCGAUUGCUUGUACGUAUUUUAAUUUCGAUGGAAAACAAUCUCAUAUACAUCCGAUUGCUACAAUUGGUUAUCCUUUGCCUAAUUAUCAACUGUAUAUAUUGGACGGAUGUUUACAGCCAGUACCAAUUGGUGUAAUUGGUGAGCUUUAUAUUAGUGGUGCUGGUGUAGCACGUGGUUAUAUAGGAAAACCUGAUAUGACAGCACAAAGAUUUGUUCCAUGUCCAUUUGGUAACGCAACAGAUGAAGAAGGUCGUAUGUAUAAAACGGGUGACCUAGUGAAAUGGCAAGAAGAUGGUGCAAUUUUAUAUAUAGGACGUAGUGAUAAUCAAGUUAAAAUCCGUGGUGUACGUAUUGAAUUAGAAGAAGUCGAAAUUGCUGUAGAAAAAAUAGAAGGUAUAAAGCAUGCCGUUGUUUUAUUUUUACCUUCUACGACCCGUCCAAACGCGAAACCUGACGCAUUACACGCAUUUUGUGCGGUUCAUACCGAUUCAACACUCACUGCACGUGAUAUUGAAGUAUCUGUCAAAGCACGUUUACCAUCUGCCUUUAUGCCAGCCUCGUUUCGCAUUAUAGAAAUACCGUUUACAAAUACUGGUAAAAUUGAUAAAAUUGAAGUGAAAAAAAUGUAUAUGAGAGAAUUAGCAGAACGAGAAGAAAAAAUAGAGCAACAGCAACAACAAAGAAAAGAAGAACAAAAAUCAGAAACAGGUGUUCAUUUACCAGUUACAGCAACACGUAUUGCAACUGCUCCUGUUGUUUCGACUCCUGGCACUAAUGUGACUGCAUCACCUGCUGCUCCCUCAUUCUCUGCAUCUUCCGCUGCGUUUUCUCUACUUUCGUCUUGGCGUCGGCUUUUGUUGCAUCCAGAUAUGAGCACAUCCGACAAUUUCUUUGAGUUUGGCGGCAAUUCGAUUUUAGCUGUGCAAGCUUAUGAUGCUUUACCAAGUGAAUGGAAGACCGGUGUCAUUUCAUUGAAACUACAUGAUUUAUUUACGUAUACCAGUGUAGAAUCCAUUGUAAAAUUUGUGGAAAAACGUAUGGGUAUAUCAUCAACAGUAGCGCCUGUUGUAGUAACUACUGCAAAUUCAGCGAAUGCACCAGCUUUACUUAUACCUAUAUCUGCUGUCUCAACUUCUGCACCCGUUGUCGAAGUCAAACCUAUAUCGCCUGCAUCUUCAGCACAGCCUCAAGCUCAAUUUACUUCGAAUUUGAUUGUGGCCCCUCCUUCAUCUUUUGCUGCGCCUUUGUCUCGUGAUAUUGCAAUUAUUGGUAUGUCGGGUAUUUUUCCAUCGGCACGCUCUGUGGAUGAACUUUGGUCACUCAUACUGUCGGGUGGUAGCGGUUUUGCAUUAUUUUCAUCGGCUGAACUACUAGAUGCUGGCAUUCCUUUAGAAUUGCAAUCACAACCUAAUUUUGUCCCAACGAUAGGAUGGAUGGGUUCAGUCAAUUUGCACGGUUUUGAUGCCUCUUUCUUCAAAUAUAGCUUCAGCGACGCAUCACUCAUGGAUCCACAACAGCGUAUUUUCUUACAAACUGUUUGGCAAGCUGUGGAAGAUGCGGGUUAUGCACCAGAUACUCUUGCACAAAAAUUUGUCACGGGUAUUUUUGCAGGUGUCGGUGCCAACACUUAUAUGGGAGAUGGACAAAUUUCAACGAAUCCUGCAGAUUUUCCGAAAAUUCAGGCACAAAGAUUAGGUAAUGCUGUCGAUUUCUUAUGUUCUCGUGUUGCUUAUAAACUAGGUUUAACUGGACCUGCAAUUACCGUGCAAACAGCAUGUUCUUCAUCGUUGGUCGCUGUACAUACUGCGUGUCAGAGCUUAAUUUCAGGUGAUUGUGAUAUGGCAUUAGCUGGUGGUGUCUCAUUUGGCACUCUACACCCAACAGGUUAUCUUUAUCGAGAAGGUACUAUUUUGUCUCGAGAUGGUAAAAUUCGUCCUUUUGAUGCGAAUGCAUCUGGUACAGUACGUGGGCAAGGUUGUGGUGUUGUCUUACUCAAACCACUCGCCGCAGCAUUAGGUGAUCGUGAUCAUAUUUAUGGGAUCAUACGCGGUUCUGCAGUAAAUAAUGAUGGCUCAGAUAAAGUUUCGUUCACUGCACCUUCCGUACAAGGACAAAUACAUUGUAUUAAACGUGCACUCGAACAUGCACAAGUCGAACCUGAAUCGAUUGGCUAUAUGGAAUGUCAUGCUACUGGUACCGCUGUCGGUGAUCCCAUUGAAUUUUCUGCUCUGGAAUGUGCUUAUCGUUCCUUGUCCAAACCAGACCCUCCAAGUCAAUACUGUGCAUUAGGGGCUUUAAAAUCUUCCAUUGGUCACUUAGACGCAGCUUCCGGUAUUGCAGGUUUUAUGAAAGCAUGCCUCACAAUUCAUCAUGCUAUGAUUCCGCCAUUAGUCUGUCAUGAAAUUCUACAUCCAGAUAUUAAUUUAGAAGAAAGUCCAUUUUUUAUUCCGAAACAAGCCAAAGCAUGGUCUUCUCACAGUGUACGACGUGCCGGUGUAUCCAGUUUUGGUAUUGGUGGGACGAACGCACAUGUCAUUUUAGAACAAGCACCAUCUUCUUCGACGCAAAGCGAAAAAGUUGUGAACAACAAACUUCCAUAUCUUUUUUCUCUCAGUGCAUCAUCGCCAAGUGCUUUAUUGGCGCUAUUAUGUUCGUUCCAGUCGAAAUUUACUUGGUUUAUUUCUAAUGGUGCGCAUCCACGUUUAUCAGAUAUCGCAUAUACUCUACAUACAGGACGCUCCACAACAUUCCAUCGUUCUACAUGUCGUACAUCAUUUGUCGCCUCUACUUUACAACAAGCUGUAAGAGUGAUGAAAGAUUGUAUAAAAAUGUGGAAUGCAAAAGAACAAGAGCAACAACAAUUGCAGGAAGAGAGAGAAAAGUCACGGCAAAUACCUAGUUUUCCAAAUAUGUCGAUUUUAUCCUCUCCAUCGUCUCCUUCUCUCGUUUUCUUAUUUCCCGGUCAAGGUGUACAAUAUAUGAAUAUGACACUCGCACUUGCCUCACAAUUUCCAUUAUUUCGUAUGCAUUUAGACAGUCUAAUCUCUCAUGUAGCCAUAUAUUAUACGGGAAAAUACGGUUUGCCUGUAGAAUUAACAGCACAGACACUGUUUAGUAAUCCACAACUUUCUUCCAUAACCGCCCCACAUUCUGCUUCUCCGUGUAUAUUCAUACAAUUAUCGUUAUUCUUAGUCGAAAUUGCUUUGUCACGUACGUUUCGUUCGCUCGGCGUUCAACCGUCGAUUUGCAUUGGCCAUUCAUUAGGUCAAUAUGCUGCCUGUGUAUGUGCGGGCAUGUUUACAUUUGAGCAAGGUUGUGAGCUCAUAGUGGAACGUGCACGUUGGAUGGAUGAACUGUGGAGAGAACAACAAAAAACCAAUGAAAAAGGUGCGAUGUUGUACGUACGUGUAUCUUCCUUGAAGAUGGAAGAAUUAUUAACCGCAUUUCAUUCGUCCCCAACAGCUUUCUCACCUUCUUUAUCUAUCUCAGUGGCAGCUGUAAAUUCUCCCAACCAUUGUACCGUAUCGGGUUUAGCAACACAAAUAGCAGAAUUACAUGCUUAUUUAACUACACAACAAGUAAAAUGUGGCCGAUUAGAUGUACCCUUAGCAUUUCAUUCACCACAGCUCAAUUCUGCCUUGACACGUUUUGAAAUGACGUUACAAAAAAUAUGUCCCACGGUUCAAGAAGCAUCUGUCCCUGUCAUAUGUAAUUUGACCGGUACUCCUCUCACUAUUUCCAAUGCACGUAAUCCACAGUAUUGGUUACGUCAUAGUCAAGAAUCGGUACAAUUUCAAAAAGGUGUGGAAACGAUUGUAAGGGACAAAUCAGCGCAGUGGGACAAAAUGAAGCAAAGUGUGAGCUUGAUAUGGCUCGAAAUGGGUGUAGGAAGAACACUAUUAACGUUUGCUAAACAAGAGUUUCAGCGUAUACAACAAGAAAUUACUGCCAGAACAGUAGAGAACGAGGAAAAACAACAAAAAACAACUGAAAAAUCCACGGAUUCCACAGCUUUUCUAUGGAAUGGUAUUUUACUAUUACCUUCACCAUCUCAAUCAGAUUCUGUCUCUGUUGUGCAAGAAUCAAUGAAUGAAUCCUAUUCAUUUUUAUCUGCCGUUGGUGAGAUGUGGAAUGCCAACGUAAAAAUUGACUGGGACGAAUUUUAUGUAUGGUAUGCCCAGAACGCUCAAUCUCGACCAUCGCGUAUUUCUCUACCUACUUAUCCGUUUCAUGCGGAUCAACGUGUUUUUAUAAAAGAACCGCCUCAUUCCAUCAGUAUCAAUAGUAAUACAACAGAUUGUUCAUGCUCAUUUCCCGUUGCUUCCGUGUCAUCGAAUUCCACACCACUUAUGCCCCAUACACGUUUAUCCGUAUCGCCCUUACCAUCUCUACUAUCACCUUCUCCUCCUUCUUCUGCGAGUUCCACAACUUCAUUUCUUGUGUCGAUCUUAUCGGAUAUAUUUUCGGAACAAUUAGGUACUCGCACAGAAGCUCAUUCGGAUUUUUUCGAUAUGGGUGGAGACUCUUUCUCAGCCGUACAAUUGUUAGAUGCACUUAGAAAUCGAUUUCCACAACUUGCAGAGGCACCACUCAGCUCUUCAACAUUGUUGUCUCAUUCCACACCAUAUAAAUUAGCAUUAUUAUUACAAAAUAAGCAUGGUAUUCAAGUUUCCGCAAGUUCUGAAAAUGAUUUGAUUAUGCAGACAUCUAUGAAUACAUCAAGUGAUUCGAUAUAUUCGAAGAAUGAUAUACAUAGUGGUCAUGUACAUCGUACCUCAUCGAUAUCAUGCUCAAUUUCAAAAGAUGAUAGUAGUAUCAUGUUAUCUCCUACAUCUGAUACAUCACGAUGUGCAACUGAUUCGAUAGGAUCGUUUCAUUUAUCAGAUUCGCUUUUCAAAUCUCUUCCUCCUGCGAUGACUCUGAAUACAGAUUGUAUGGUGACGUUACAUACUGCACUAGUUUCUCCUUCGUCACUUCUUCUCCUCAUUCAUCCUAUUGGUGGUGAAAUUUAUAAUUAUCGUUCGUUUCUACACUUUCUACCAUCCCAAAUGCGUGAUCAUAUUACGGUAUGUGCAUUUCGGGCUUGUUCUUUAGAUGGGACGAAUCAACCAUUUUCAUCGAUUCCAGAACAAGCCAAAUCUUAUCUGUCUCAUUUAUAUGCGUAUCUUGAAAAACAUAAACCAAAUUGGCCGGGGUAUAUUUUUAUUGGUGGGCAUUCCUAUGGUGGUACAGUCGCUUAUGAAAUGUGUGUUCAACAAAGUCAGUUUCCUCCUACUACGUUACCUUUGUUCUCAUUUUCACAUUUAUUUCUUCUUGAUUCGCCUCAUGCUGACUGCAUAAGUUCGUCCGAAUCUCUUUCUGAUGCAGCCGGUGUCAUAGCAUAUAUCGCAGGUGAUCGUUUAAAACGUAGUGCAACCGAACUGAGAGAACAUGCGAAAACUAGUGGAAUGGAUAUUUUGUCCUUUGUCAAAUCUUUAGAUCCACAACUCGAAACUAUGAAUGAAUCUGUGAUCAAAACAUGGAUUGCACAUGAAUGUGCAUUACGUACUUAUGUUCCAUCGGAGAAGAAGUUGUGGAAUGGACCGAUCUUAUAUGUAAAACCAUCUCGUGUAUACAAACAAUGUUCAUUGACAUGGAAUGAAGCGUGGGACAAAUAUAUAUUCGAAGGACAAAUGACCGUUCUGCAAGUGGAAGGGGACCAUUUGAGCAUGAUGAAACCUCCUUAUGUUAAACAAGUUAUGGAAAUUAUUGUGGACAAGAUGUUAAAAAAAUAUAUUUCUUAG